AUGGCAGCGGCAAUUGGCGCAGGCAUGCCUGUUUCUGAAGCGACGGGCUCCAUGGUAGUGGACAUUGGUGGUGGCACCACAGAGGUAGGAGUGAUUUCACUUGGUGGUAUUGUCUAUGCUAAAUCUGAGCGUGUAGGAGGCGACAAGUUUGACCAGGCGAUUAUUGACUAUAUUCGCCGUAACUACGGUAUGCAAAUAUCAGAGCCCACUGCUGAAGCCAUCAAAAAGAAGAUUGGCUCGGCUUUUCCAGGCUCAGAAGUGUUAGAAAUGGAAGUGACUGGGCGCAAUUUGGCUGAAGGCCUCCCACGCAAGUUUACCAUUUCAAGUAAUGAGGUUUUAGAAGCGCUUACCGAGCCACUGAACACGAUAGUCGGUGCGGUUAAGUCCGCACUUGAACAAACUCCACCUGAGUUAGGCGCAGACAUUGCUGAAAAAGGCAUGGUACUCACAGGUGGUGGGGCACUUUUGCGUGAUUUAGAUCGAUUACUAGUAGAAGAAACUGGUCUGCCUGUUUAUGUGGCUGAGGAUCCACUCACCUGCGUGGUACGAGGUUGCGGCCGUGCAUUGGAAGAAAUGGAUAGGUUAGGUAGUAUAUUUGCCUACGAGUAA